AUGACCAAGCAGAUGCAGAACUUGCAGUUGUCACAAGCCAAGAAGGUCCCGGGAGGACCGGCCUCCCCCAAUGCCGCCAAGCGCCUUUACCGGAAUCUGUCAGAGAAACUGCGAGGAAGCACGUCGUCUUUUGAGGACGCCUACUUCUUUGGGAAGACCGAUCGCCUUCGCAAGGCCUCAGUGAGUUUUUCUUUGACGAUGCAGGGCAGCGACUGCCUGUUUGAGGCGGUGGAGCAGCAGGACCUGGACACGGUGCAGAUCCUUCUGUGCCAGUUGUCGGCCGAGGAGCUGGACCUGAACACGCCCAACAGCCAAGGCCUGACGCCGCUCGACAUCGCCAUCAUGACCAACAACACGCCCAUCGCUAAAUUGCUGCUCAAGGCCGGCGGGAAGGAGGGCCCGCAUUUCGUAACCACGGAGAGUCGUGAGGCACACCUGGUCGCACUGGUAGCUGAGGCGGAGCAGCGUGCCGCAGAUCUGUGCGCGCGGGCGCAGAGAGACGGCCUGUCGCUGGAGGCCUGCCACAAGGACAAGCAACUGAGGGCCUGGGAGUGGAGGUGCAAGCUGUACAAGCGCAUGAAGAGUGGAUUUCAGCAAGCACGUACCCCAGAGGCUCCCACGCUGGUCCGUCUGAGCGUGAGCAGUAGCUCCACGCUUACCGUCACAUUUCAAGAACCACACAAUCUCAACUCUACCGUCGUGACCAAGUACAGAGUGGAGUGGAGCUGCUUGAAGGAUUUCUCACUGCUCGCUGGAGAGAUGCUUCUGGAGAACCUGCAGACCCUCAGAUGCACCAUCAGUAACCUCACAACGGGUCGUCUGUACUAUGUGCGAGUGUCGGCCUACAAUAUGAAGGGUUGGGGCCCCCCCGCAUGCUCCUUGCCGCCGUCUGCUGCUCCUUCCAAUUGGCGAGAAUGUGACGGGCGAGAGCCCAGGAGGCGCAGCCACGUCGAGGGUAUGGAGCGCCUGCUGCAGCAAGUCAGGGCAACGCAUUCGCACUACUGCUGCGGAGACUCUUCCAAGCUGCAGAACACCAGCAGAAAGCAGUCUGUCUCCAGAAGCCUCAAACAUCUUUUCAACUCCUCCAACAAGUUUGUGAAGACACUGAAAAGAGGGAUCUACUUGGCAGCCGUGUUCUACCACAAGGACAGUUUACUGGUGACGGCCGAGGACAUGAUCCCCAUCGUUGAGGUGGACGACUCCUACAGCAGCUCCCUCAUGCAGGACUUCUUGUGGUUCACUAAGUUGUCCUGCAUGUGGGAGGACAUCCGGUGGCUGCGUCAAAGCACGUCGGUGUCCAUGUCGUCGUCUUCCACGCUGCAGGCGCGCCACAAAAUGUUAAGCGCCGCAGGGCAACUGCAGAGCCUCCUGGGUACGCACAACCUGGGCCGCGUCCAUUACGAGCCCAUCAAGGAUCGCCACGGCAACGUGCUUCUGGUGACCGUCCGUGACGCAGAAAACCAGCACUCGCUCUUCAGCGGGAAGUGGAUGCAGGUGACCAAACUGCAGAGUCAGAGAAAGUCGCUGUCAACUCCCGAGGAGCCCUACGCCCUCGACAUUCUCAUCAUCACCUUACAGGACAUUGUGGCAUACCAGCGGCGCAGCACCCAGCGUCUGGCUCCAGGUCUCUACCUGGGCUACCUGAAGCUCAGCAGCUCCGUGGACCAAAUCAGGGUUCUGGUCUCCCAGAGGACUCCCAACAUGCUGUGUCACUCUCGCGUUCGAGAAAACUCCAAUGUGUCCAAGGAGGAGUGGGAUUGGAUUCGCUCACUGUCUGCAACCGGCGACAAAGACCCCAGCAGCGAGGAGGGCAAGGAGGUUCGACCCAGGCCGGAAAGUCACGCACCGUUGCUCUACUAUGAACUCCAGACGUCUAUCAAGUCUCUGCUUAAGAACCUCAACCUCCCUCUUCACCAGGCCCGUCACUUCCGCCUGUACAGUCAGGAAGUGAUAGAGCUGGGUCACGGCGUCUGCUUCCUGCUGCUGCUACCGGCCGCCGACGAUGUCUGCUCGGCUCCAGGACAGUCCAACCCUUACACGCCGCUGUCGGGAUUUCUGCACCUGCCGCUGCAGAUGUUUGAGCUCGUGCACUUCUCAACCUACAAGGAGAAGUUCAUCAGUUUGUACUGCCGUUUGUCCUCCGUACUGGACCUGGAUGCCCUAAUUACCCAGCAGGCACUGCGGGAGGCCAUCAUGGACGUCGAGGUGGCGAGCGCCAAGCAGAGACAUCAGCUUAUAUUGGACUACAUCCAGCAGCUGGAUGAGACUCGGCGAGACCUCCGCUGGUUGACGGACGCUCUGCAGUACGCCCGCUACAAGCACCCCCGCGGUGGUGUUCCGGUCACCUGUCUCGUGGACGCCAAUGCCCCGGAAAGCGACGGGAACCAGCAGAAGACUGACUCCACCUCGUCUAACAUGGACUACAUACCCUCACCCUCACCGUCGCCAGAAUUGUUCAGGAGGAAGGCCAUAAGCGACUCGCUGCUAGGCUCAGAUGAGGACGGUUCCUCAGAGGUUUUCCUCCCAACAGACAGCGACUACGACUCCAGCGACGCCCUAAGCCCCCGUGAACUGGACCUGCUCUACUCACCCCCCCAGGACCUGUCCCAGCAGGCCAUGCACUCUCUAGGGGGAAGCGCCCCUGACGUGCUUCAGAUCCACGAGCUGAGCUACAGCACCCUCCCUGUGAAGGACCUCCCACUGUCCACACCCUUGAAGGACCCCGCCUCAAAAGAGGGUGUAGCGCCUUUGCUCUCCAAAGAUAUCCCCGCCUUCCCUUUCACACUGCCUCGCUCCCCCUCCUUACCCCGAGCCCUCCCUGCGUCACCAUCCACCCCGUUGUCCCCUCGCUUCUCGGGUGAUCUCCCGCUGUCUCUACCGCUUUGCCCUGCUCUGUGCCGCACUACCAAGACUCUAGAGGGUCUGUCCCUAUCAAGGACCCAACAGGAGGGGGCCGCCCCCCAAUUGAGGACCGUCUCAAACCCUCCUUCUAAGCGCAAGCUGCUCUCCAGGAGCCACCGAGGCCAGUACUUCAGCGGCCCCCAGCGCUGGCUAAAGGGCCACAGCGGGGAAAGCCACACUGGGUCUCUAUCCGAGGGUGUCUACACAAAGCAGCGCGACCCGGACCUGCCGCCGCCUGAGGAGCCGCCACCACUGCCCCCGAUGCAGGGCGCCACUUACAUCAGCCGCACCAAUUGCAUCCCUGAAAGCCGCAAAGGCCGACUAAAGGAACAGAGGCCCCACGUGAGAAGGAUCUUCGCUGACCUCGGCAAGGACCCGGAGAGGGUGGCCGGCUCGCAGGACGAUGACGAGGACCCGGAAGGGGCGGCCGCACAGGAUGUUGACUCAGACGACCAAACCAAUACACAAGUGUCAGAGAUUCUCAGCAGCACGCUUUAA